AUAAUUUUUCAACCAUGGCGUGACAUGCUGAUGUUGUCACGUGUAGUAGCCGUGAGGACAGAGCUCAUAAACAAUGUGUGAGGGCAGACAAACCCUGCAGACCAACUCUGCUUACACAGAAACAAGCCAGGCCUGUACCCUGCUGAGUGUCUGCACAGGGAAAAUGUAUGUGGAUGAUUUUAAGGUUUGCAUGUGAACAUAUCAGGAAUCUGUCCUCUAAAGAUGGAAACUGGACAAACGUUGUUGUGCUUUUGUUCUUCAGUUAGAUUAACAGGUUAAUGUUGAUUUUUGGUCUUAAUGCUUCUCUAAAAUGUUGUAUGUAAAUCAGUCUCAGACUCUCAACAUUACUUCAGAGCAGAAGUAUCAGGGAUUACUGGAAAGAGUGUUGUUUUCCACGCUGAUUGGAAUGCCAUGCUGUGUGUUUCUCUUCAUUAAUGGGACCAUGUUAUUCACCUUGAGAAGUAAAUCUGUGUUUCGGGAGACUUCUCGUUACAUUCUUCUGUAUAACCUCCUUUAUGGAGACACUGUAUUACUGGCACUGAGUCAGUUACUGUACAUACUGGCUGCUUGUAGAAUAAUGCCAACAUAUCCUGAGUGUGGUGUUCUCGUUAUGCUCAGCAGUCUCACAAAUCAAAUUUCUCCUCUCACACUGGUGGUGAUGUGUCUGGAGAGAUAUGUAGCUGUGUGCUACCCACUGAGGCACGGUAGCAUUGUCACUAUCAGAAAUACAGCAGUGGCUAUCAUUGUGAUUUGGGCCUUCAGUUCCCUAAAUGUCCUCAUUCGAGUUGUUUUGCUGUUAGAUUUUCCAUUUUCAGACCUGGAGAGUCUGCAGAUGACAGAUGUUUGCUCUGACAUAGCCAUGUUUCUCAGCCCAAUGUCUGAUAUUUAUGACAAAGCAUACACUGGUUUUGUGUUUUUAUCAGCUGGUGUUGCAGUUAUUUUUUCCUAUAUCAGUGUGGUGAUAGCAGCCAGGUCAGCCUCCACAGACAAAGCUUCAGCCCGUAAGGCUCGUAACACACUGCUGCUGCAUCUGGUGCAGCUGGGUCUCACUCUCUUGUCAACUCUCCAUGCCUCUAUUGUUGUAUUACUGUCAAAAACCCUACACAGAUUAAUAAUAAAUCGCAUCAAGAGUUAUUUUUAUGUGUUCAUAUAUAUCCUCCCCAGAUGUCUGAGUUCGCUCAUCUAUGGGCUCCGAGAUCAGACCAUCAGAUCCGUACUCAUGAACCAUCUCUGCUGUCGACUGAAACUCAGUCUUCCUGGUAAAGGCUGAGGUCUCACCCCAAAAUACACUGAAUGAUUUAAAACUUUUCAUUGAUGAAUAUUAAUUGGGAAAAUCAAUGUUUGUAUUAUAAAAAUGUAGUUUAAUAUUUAAUAACAACCCAAGGUGGAUUGCUGCACUUACUAACUAAUAGUAUUUAAGGUCUAUUGUAGAGUAUGUUAAAUCAAUAGUACUGGCCAGUUUCACUGUAUUUUAACAUAUGUUAGCCCAGUGUACUGCAUUCCCAAGCUCGCAUGGGCUGUACAACUAUUUUCAGCACCACAUUGUAGAUAACAUUGUAGACAUCAGCAAAUCACACUUAGUAUUUUUAAAAAUGUGCUAUAGUUGAUAUUUAAGUCCUAUAUGAACACUUGUAUUGGUAAAAUUAGAUGAAGUAAUAUGGUGUACAAUAAUAUGAGGUACUACACACACACUUUCCCAUUUUCUAUAAUUGUUCUGCCCUCAUCAAACAUUUUGACUCAGGAAAAAUACAUUUUCAUAAUUAGUGUAAAUGCACUACACACUAUGUGGAUGUUUUACUGGUCAUCAAAAUGCAGAAAAACAAUGUGAUGAGCCUCAGAACCAGCCUCUCUCUCCAGGAGCCUAGUGGGCAGAGUCAGAGAGAUUCAGCUCACCUGUUCUGGUGGCAAGACUAUAUGAACCUGUUUGGUUUUGUUGUAUUUAGUCUUAAGCUUCAUUUCUCUUUUAGUUAUGUAAAAUAAAAUUACUUUAAGCUA